CACCUUGGCCUUCAAGACCUAAGGAUCAAAAUUCGCUCUUGUAACAUACUCGUCACACACAACCCUUGCCGUGCCCAAUCGUUCUGAAAAGAGCAUUGGCCAAUCAACAACGUCUCCAAGCAAGAUCUGAAAUAUCAAGCGUUGCCAAGAAACCAUGUGCUUCUACGAACAAAUCGUUUAUGGGUGCGGCGACUUCAAGUGGGGCCACUUUCGCCAGCACUGCAACCGUGAAUAUCGCAUCGGAGAAGUCUGCGGGAUGAAACUGGUCUAUCAAUCCGCCCAGGAGAACCAUUUGUGCAAGGUGUGCGAGAAACUCAACACCAAAUACCGCCGCCGCCAGACCGAGUGCGAGCGAAUCGAACGGUGGCAACGCGAGGGAAGUCGCCAGGCGUCAAUCGAGAAGUCGAUGGAGUUGAUCUACCAAUUGGAUCGCGAGAUUCAGACGCUGCUCGCUGAGCGUGAACGGCGUGGCGGAGGCAUGGCUCCCGUGGCGUAUGCGUAGAGCGGUUGGAGGAGGGACACAAAUGACGGGAUAUGAUCAGGCUCGAUGCCUUAAUUUCGGGUUUCACGCCAAACGGGCCUUCUCCAGGAUUUGAUUAUUUCCUUGGCAAUUAUUUUGACGAGUGGGAAGUGGACUGAAACGGGAGUUGGCGAAUGGAGGGUCAUGGACAAGGGAAAAUUGUUCGAAUUUCGGCGGGAAUUGAUGAGUGACGGCCAUGAUAACCAAUCCUUCUCUUCUGUAGCUUGUUUGAAUUCAAAUCGUUAAACAACUGUGCUCUUCAUUGGCGACGGUCGCGCAAUCUGUUUGUAGGCGCUGGAUCUGACGCCGGCAAG